AUGCACGCUUUCACAUUAGCUGCGGCACUCACGGCCACCGCCAGCCUGGCGAACGCGUCCUCGGUCCUCCUCCGGGGCGGCACUAUUAUCGGCUUAGACGAGGGGAGCAACUCCCUCAAUGUCAUCCGCAACGGCUCGCUCCUCAUUACGGACGACCGCAUCACGUCCGUCUAUACCGCAGACCAGUCGCUGCCCAAAACCUCCAACAACACCCAAGUCGUCGACGCGACGAACAAGAUCAUUACCCCCGGUUUCAUUGACACACAUCGUCAUGGCUGGCAGACGGCCUUCAAGACCAUUGGUUCAAACACGUCGCUGGCCGAGUACUUCACCCGCUACGGCGAGUAUGCCGCCGCCGGUCUUCUGAAUGCUGACGAUGUCUACAUCGGCCAGCUCGCGGGCUUGUACGAGGCGCUGAAUGCCGGCGUCACCACGAUUCUGGACCAUGCCCAUCACACCUGGUCUAAUGAGACCGCUGAGGCGGGUUUGAAGGCAAGCAUAGACAGCGGCGCGAGAGUGUUCUGGUCGUACGCCUUCCACGACGUCACCAACUACACCGUCUCAGAGCAGCUUGAGAACUUCAGGGACAUCGCCACAAAGGCCGAGUUCGACGGCACUGCUACCAGCCUCGGCGUUGCCUGCGACUUCUUCGGCCCCGACCCUAUCCUUGCUGAUGUAAACGCUGUAGUCGAUCUCGCCAAGGAGUUCAACGUCUCCGUCAUUACCACUCACAGCCUUCAGGGGCCUUGGGGUAUCACCAACAGCCCCGAGGAUCUUCAUGCCAUCGGCGCUCUCAACACCAGCAUACCCGUCGUGUUUUCCCAUGCCUCAUACCUGACCUACCGGGGCGCUGCCCUUCUCCGUUCUACCAAUCAGUAUAUCUCAAUCACACCCGAAUCGGAAAUGCACUACGGUCAUACCCACCCGCACAGCCAUCUCAUUCAAGAUCAGGGUGCUUUGGGAAUUGACACCCACUUCACCUACUCAUCCGACGUGCUCACGCAAGCCCGCAUCUGGCUGCAGAGCACUAGAAGACUGCUCUAUCAGCAGGUACUCGCCCGGUGGCGCAUUCCCACCACCACGCCCAUGACUGUCAACCAGGCCUUCCUCCUGGCUACCCGAAAGGGUGGCCUCGCCCUGCGCCGCUCUGACAUAGGCAUCAUCGCCGAGGGCGCCAAGGCUGACGUCAUCGUUUGGGACGGUGAGAGCCCUGCCCUACUCGGCUGGGUCGAUCCUGUGGCCGCCGUGAUCCUUCACGCCAGCGUCGGCGAUGUUGAGCAUGUCCUCGUUGACGGCAAAUUUGUCAAGAAGGAUCGCAAGCUCGUAGUUCCCGGUUACUCAGAUGUCAAGAAGAGAUUUUUGGAGAGCGCGCGCAAAAUUCAGCAGACCUGGAAGGAGACGCCGUUUACCACCCUCGCGGGAGAGUUCAGCAGCUCCGGUGCACCGUAUGAGGCACCCAUCUCUGUCGAUGUCGUCGGUGGUGGCGAGACUGGAUAUGGCACUCUCCAUGUCUAG